UGCGCGCAGGAGGUGUCCUCGCGAGGCCUCCUUAAGACGAGUGGCGCAGGCGCAGUGUCCCCCGGCCAAGAUGGCGGCGCGGUGUUCCACACGCUGGUUGCUGGUGGCAGUGGGGAUCCCUCGGCCGCCGGCAGCAGCGGGGACAGGGGCCCGGCCGCUCAGGGGGGGCGUGGUGGGGGCGUCGCUGGGCCGCAAGCUGAGCAUUACUGCCUGCGCGCCUUCCCUGGGAGCUCGCGGCCCAGGGGCGCCACUGACAUUGAGACCUGGUGUCAGCCUCACAGGAGUAAAAAGUUACCCUUUUGUUUGUACUGCCUCUUUCCACACGAGCACCCCUUUGGCCAAAGAGGAUUAUUACCAGAUAUUAGGAGUGCCCCGAAAUGCCAGCCAGAAAGAGAUCAAGAAAGCCUAUUACCAGCUUGCCAAGAAAUAUCACCCAGACACAAAUAAGGAUGAUCCCAAAGCCAAGGAGAAGUUCUCCCAGCUUGCAGAAGCUUAUGAGGUGCUGAGUGAUGAAGUGAAGAGGAAACAAUAUGAUGCCUAUGGCUCCACUGGCUUUGAUCCUGGGGCUGGUGGCUCUGGGCAGAGCUACUGGAAAGGAGGCCCCACCGUGGACCCAGAGGAACUCUUCAGGAAGAUCUUUGGGGAGUUCUCAUCAUCUUCUUUUGGAGAUUUCCAGAGUGUAUUCAGUCAGCCUCAGGAGUACAUCAUGGAUUUGACAUUCAAUCAAGCUGCCAAGGGUGUCAACAAGGAGUUCACUGUGAACAUCACCGAUACCUGUGAGCGGUGCAAUGGCAAAGGGAAUGAGCCCGGCACCAAGGUGCAGCACUGCCACUACUGCGGUGGCUCUGGCAUGGAAACCAUAAAUACAGGUCCUUUUGUGAUGCGUUCCACAUGUCGGAGAUGUGGUGGCCGAGGCACCAUCAUCACGUCUCCCUGUGUGGUAUGCAGAGGAGCAGGACAGGCCAAGCAGAAGAAGAAAGUGGUUAUCCCUGUGCCUGCAGGAGUUGAGGAUGGCCAGACUGUGAGGAUGCCUGUAGGAAAAAGAGAAAUUUUCAUCACAUUUAGGGUAGAGAAAAGCCCAGUGUUCCGGAGGGACGGUGCAGACAUCCACUCCGACCUCUUUAUUUCUAUAGCUCAGGCUAUUCUUGGGGGGACAGCCAGAGCACAGGGCCUGUAUGAGACAAUCAACGUGACGAUCCCCCCUGGGAUCCAGACAGACCAGAAGAUUCGGAUGAGUGGGAAAGGCAUCCCCCGGAUUAACAGUUAUGGCUACGGAGAUCACUACAUUCACGUGAAGAUAAGAGUUCCAAAGAGACUGACAAGCCGGCAACACAGCCUGAUCCUGAGUUAUGCUGAAGAUGAGACUGACGUGGAGGGGACAGUGAAUGGCGUCACCAACACAAGCACUGGUGGCAGCACCAUGGAUAGCUCCGCAGGAGGCAAGGCUAGGCCUGAGGCUGGGGAGGACAAGGAGGGAUUCCUUUCCAAACUUAAGAAAAUGUUUACCUCCUGAUACCCAGCCGAGGAAAACGGUCCACUGGAAACUAGGUGGGGAGCAGUGGCUUCUCCUCGUGGCCAGGGCACCUUGGAGACAGGAGGAUUCCAGAACAGCAGCAUCGUGCCCUGCCUGCAGAGGCCCUCUGGACCGCCUUGGCAACAGCAAAAUCAUGUGACAACACACCUCUCCACAGAAUGGUCAUGGAGGACAGCCCCUGGGCAGUAAGGCGUGGCACGCCUAAGGGCUGGUAGUAGUUCUUGUUCCAUGGGUGUAACUCAGCCUCUUCUGGCCCAGACAGAGUAAGACAUCUGGACACUUCUUGAAGAGCCAAAACUCUAAUUUGGAAUCAAAUGUGGUGGAAAUCUUAGUAAAGAAUUAAAGGCCAUGCUUACAGCUUAAAAAUGAAGCCUGAAGCUGCACCAAGUUGUGAAGUGAUUAAUUUCCCUCUCAUCAAACCUCCAGGAGGUUCUGGAAUGAGUCUUUCCUGACAGAUUGUCUUUUCCAGGAACUUGCAGCCUGCAAGCCCCCCAUGUUGUCCACCCCUUAGUAGAGGUGUCAUUGCUCUUCUUGGAGUUUAAUUUCCAAGGGUACCAAGCAGCUGGAACGUGGGGGCCUUGCGGCCUGGGGAGGUACACACAAAGAGGGUCCCUGGAGAUGCUACUCCUGAUUUGGGCUGUGAUCUUUGUCAGAACUGAUAGUCCUCCCUCCCACCCCACCGGGGUGGCCUCUUGUCCAUGACUGUUGAGUUCUGUUGUUUGAAGCCAGGUGUGAGUGGACGCCUGCCCUUCUGCUGGACCACAGCCUGGCUAAUGGCCUCCUUAUCCCAGAGCCUUACCCCUACUGCCUGCUACAGCUUGGUUCUCACCACUUAAACUGGUGACACCUGUUUUCAGAAGUGUUUUAAAUUAUUUAAUGCUAAGAAUCAUUGUCUUUUCCUAUAUAAUGUUUGUUCAUAAAAGGAAAGCACAGUCUAAGCAGUUGAAGGCUCUCCACCAUCCAGCCAGAGCAAAAUAGUUUCCCCAACCUCAGCUUCUAGGAUGUGUAGAUUCCAUGUUUCCAGAUCCUCCUGUGUGGUAAGACAGGCUAAUGGAGGACACUUCUGAAUAGUUUCCUUUUUGUUUUCCUACAUGAUUUACUAAAAUAAAGCAACUAUUAGUAUCUGAUCUACGAAUGUAAGAUGAUUCUGUAUCAAUGUAAAAGAUUAUCUACUGCAAAAAGAUAUUUAAUACCUACAUUGUGGUCACUUCUUCUUUGAAAGAGUUCAAGGAGCUUUCUGCAGGUAGCUUAGCAGGGGCCUAUACGGUGUUCAUCUGCAGAUCAGGCUGCCCCACUUUUCUGCUGGCCUUCCUGGAGCCGGCUGCAGAGGUGGCUGACCUUGUCCACAGAGUCAUGCCUGCCUAAGAGCACACUCAGGCUGAUGGAUGGGUAGUGCUUUGACAAGCGCCAGUGCUGUCAAGCCCAGAUCCCAGAGCUUGCCAUGGGACAACGUACUGAUUUGAAUGAAUGUUCUAGAAUUUGGUGCGUGGCUUCUUUUUUGGGAGCCCGUGCCAUGACACAUGUGCAGUGUACCCUCCUACAUCACUGUCUCCCUUGCUAGAUUUAUUUUUCCCUCCAUUAUAUUCGGAGGAAUAUUAACAUAUUUUUUUGUGUUAAAAUUUUUGCUCAUUGUAGUUUGUCUAGUCUGAGCUCCCAGUGGAGACUGUCUCUCAAAAGACCCAAUGCUGGUACAGCUGGAAGGGCCCCCGGUUCUGAGCUGAGCAGCUUGAGGUGUGAGUACACUUGCUGGGUUGGAUGAAGAGGAUGGGAAAGAUCUGAUGGGCAAGAAAGGGGCUCAGCAGUGACCUCCUGCCAGUUUCAGAUACUUGUCCUUCAUUCAGCAGAUGUUUAUUGAGUGCCUGCUGUGGCCCCCUCAGGAUCCUAGACCCAGGCACAGCAGCAGGAAGCUAGGUGGAGCAUCUCCUGACAGCUUAGUUUUUCUUCUGGAGAAGUCAGCCGAGUCCCACUCAUGUCCUGUCUUUUGAAAAGUAGAAGUCUAAAGGAAGACUUGGGAAGAGAAAAGUGAGCUUUCUUGCUAGCAACACCAUUACUGCAGCACUGAGGGUCCUUCCCGCAGAUGUUGGAAGGUGGCAUUGCAAACCUAGUGUGAAGUCCCACUCAAGGCUUGGACUGGGCUUAUUCCCACAGUUGGCUCCUGAGGCAUUUGUCACCAGACAACUUUGCAGCCUGAGUUGGGCCGGAGCGUGAGAUGAGGCAUUUAAAUAUACAACAAAAGUAUCUCUAGGCCCGGAUUGAGAGGAGGGGAGAGGGAGACGGAUGCUAAGAUGGAGCAUUUGCUGAAAUAUUAGGGGGUUAGAUGCAGGAAGGCACCGCCACAUGGGGAUGAGGCAGACUUGGGCACUGAACCUUGUCUCCAUCCCCACCUGCAGGCCUUUGUUCUGAUUUGUUUUCCCACUUGAACCAUCCUCAGGCCUGUGGGUUCUGGUGGAGUUGAGUGCAGCAUUACUUCCCUGUCAUGAAAACCCCCCUCAAUUACAAGAAUCCCUCUUGUCCCACAAGCCUCUAGGCUGCUCCUACAUCCAGGGACUGUCCUUUACUCUGUUCUGUAGUAUUGGAGCCCAUCACUGAAUACCGAGUUCCAUCAGUAGUCAUGGCUUUAGCAGAAGGCAUGUAGCACUCUUGUUAAUAAACACUGUGAAGCCUGAA